AUGUUGUGUUGGUCGGCGGUUAUGAUCGGGACAACAUGUGUAUCCUGCGGCUCGUACUUUGUUUGGCGCAGUUGGUGCAUCGCGCUGGGCGAGUGUGAAGCAACUAUUCAUACCGACAACAAAUAAAUAAUAAAUUAUAAUGUGUGCUGUUUGACUGAUAAUCAAAUUCAGCGCAUCCGCAUUUAUGAAAAUGUCAUUUCAAAAUGGCAGCCCAGCAGACGUCGAAGGAUAUUACCAAAAAUUUCUUCAAUUGCAGGAACGGUUGCGAAUAAGUGAACAGGAGCGCUUGCAACUCGAGAUGAAGUUUAACACGAUGAUGCAAGUUACACACGAAGAGGAGCAAUUGUAUUUUAAGCGCCUCAAGACACAGUACAGGCGAUUCGUGGAGGAACACCAAAAGCGACAGGAGCGGAACACACAAAUCCUGCACAUGUUGGAAAACAUUGAGAGUCGCGCUGCCGUUUUCGAAGCGAGAUCGGCGCGAUUCAAACAACUGCGUAAUCAGUAUCGAUCGUUCUUAACUAGGAUCGAGCACGAGAGCAAGGUAAAAGAAAAGGAAGCCGUAUUGCCCCUGAGCACGACCUUGAACAAAUUUAUUGAUUCUCACCACCCGAAAACGACAAGAGUGGAAAUACGCGAAACUUCUAAACCGUUUUGGAUGCAUGACCUUGGCAAUGCGGAUCACUUACAAGCGCGGCCAAUGAUUGAACGGAAUUCAAUGCGCGGUGAUUUCAAUGCCACUCCUGCGAAGAGACAGAGUGUGGCGGUUGAAGAUGAUACCGACGAUUCCAAUACGAGUGUUAUCGCUGCGCAUACUGAUCAUCAGUUCAAUGCGGAAAUGAAUUCGAAAAAGUCAAAUUUCAGCUCCGAGGAAUGUUUAAACAUGGAGGAUUAUAUCCACCCAGUAAAAGAAAUACUUAAUUCUAAUGAUAUUAUGCAAAAUGUCGAUGAGAAUCAAAAUUCUUUGCCAGGUAUCACACUGAAGCAAGAAAAUGAACUUGAAGUGUUUGAAGAUGGGAAAGCAAAUGAAAUAUCACCGUUAAAAAUGGGAAUGAAUGAAACGGUGAACCAAGAUUGCGAAGAAAUUAUCACAGACACGGACAAAAUAUUAUCUCCCCCUGAAAUAUUACAACUCGAUCUUCACGAAAACAGCGCUCCAGAGAUAACUCACGACAACGAAGAGAUUAUAUCUGCGGGUUUGGACCAGGUACAAUUGAACGCACAAGUUAAUGAUGAAAUAGAAGCGUCUACAGCGUUGGAACAUAUCGAGAACAUUCCAAACCAUGAUCAAUAUCAAUACUACGAAGAAACUGAUAAUCACAAACAAGGAGCAGAAGGUGAAGAAUAUUCAGAAAAUGUAUUACCACAAGCAUUCAAUUGUCAAACGUUAGAAGAACAAAAUGUUGACUUGGGCAGUCUAAGCCAACCACCUGCUGAGCAGCACUUUGAAGAGCCAACUACUGAUAACAUGCAAUAUGGCGAAUCUGAUCAAGCAAUUGCAUACGAUGACCAAAAUCGCCAAGUCUACUACGACGAAAACGGUCAGCAAAUGCAUUACGAUGAGGCGACCCAGGAAUACAAGUACACCGAACAACAGUACGAUGAGAAUGAUCAAAACUAUCAAUAUGAUACCAACAUGGGUGGAGAAAUGGCCGACUAUCCACAGGACCAGGCAGCUACCGGCGAUCCUAUCGAAAAUGUUUAUUAUGAUGACGGUAAUAAUGAAGAAGCUGAAUACGCAGGACCUGAGUUGGUCACUCAGCAAUUAUAUAAUAGUGAAGGAGCCGGUACCAUUGGUGACAUUGAAACAGUUGCAACAAGUCCGCAAGCAAAUCUAUUGGAAUUAUUGGACACCGAAUCGGAGAGCACGCCACAUCCACAGGGCGAACAAAAAGAAGCAACCGAGAGUGAUUUUGAAUUUAGUGCGACUAGCGAUGCAGCAAACCUACCGCAAUCAUAAACACAAUUAGCGUUUAGUAAUUAAAAUAUAUGCAUAUAAAUAAUAUUUUAGAAGCAUACACUUGUUUGUCGUUUGAUUACACUUAAACAAUAAAAGCAGAAAUACUAGGGCAA